AUGAGUGAUAUGCCGUGGGUAAUAACUGAAGCGGAAAUGCGAGAAAACGAUAUUCAGUUCUCGUCCCUUAAUCCAGUAAAUGGAUUCGUUUCCGGUGAACAAGCACGGCCUUUAUUCAUGAAAUCUGGCCUUUCACCAGCAAUUCUGGCUCAGGUGUGGCAUUUAGCAGAUUACAGCAAGGAUGGUAAGAUGGAUCGAAUUGAAUUUUCGAUUGCUAUGCAUUUGAUUCGUGCGGUAUUAGCUGGUGCAACGUUACCGCCAACUCUUCCUGUAUCCUUGAAGCCUCCAAUGGUGGUGACCUCAUUUCCUCCACUGGUCGCGCAUACGCCAAUGGUUAGACCAGUAAUGACCUAUGGCGCAGUUCCACCAAAUACAGCUCAGAAUUUGAUGACUUCUGGAAAGGUACAAUGUGAUUGGACCAUACCGCAUCAUAACAAAUUGAAAUAUUGUCAGCAAUUCAAUCAACUCGAUAAAAGCAGAAUUGGAUCACUUAGUGGUGUCCACGCAAGAAAUAUUUUGGCACAAAGCCAGUUGCCGAAUUCUGUUCUAGCUGAAAUCUGGAAUUUAUCGGAUUAUAACAAGGAUGGACGGCUUAGUGUAGAAGAAUUCUGUGUUGCCAUGCAUCUGAUUGAUUCAGUCAAGGCUGGUUAUUUACUUCCAAAAACCUUCCCACCUGAGUUGGCAACUCACUGUUCACGUUCUGUUUCCGAUUCACCAGUACUUGAUCCAAACGCACCUCCUGCACAAAAAAUUCAAAUACCGAAAACAUUUGAAGACAAGCGUCGAGAUAAUUAUGAUCGUGGACAGGCAGAGUUGGAUCGGCGUCGUCAGGCAUUACGUGAAGAGGAAGAGCGACGUCGUGCAGAAUUUGAGAAGAAAGAAAGAGAAAUGGCAGAAAAGAGGGAACGAGAAAGGGAAGAAGCUGAAAAGAGACGUCAGGCUGAACGUGAAGCAGAAUUAAAACGUGAGCAGAAACGCGAAGAAGCUCGUCUAGCAGAAGAAAGGCGUAUUUUGGCAGAAAAAGAGGAAGCCAGGAAGGAAAUGGAAAGGCAGCGAAAAGCUGAUUUGAAUGCAAUAAGAAUUCGAGAAAUUAAAGCACAACGUCAAAAUGAAGUGGAUAGCACCCUGGAACGACAGCAACGGCAGAAAAAUUUAUUCUUUCAGCUUCAGGCUCUCGACGAAAAAUCAACAGAGUUGAAUGCCAACAUUACACAAGCAAGAGAUCUGAUUGUUGGUAUAACAAAAGAAAUAGAGUCGAUGAAAGUCAAGCGUGAUGAAAAAGCAGAAAGGAUUCGAUCACUGGAAAUAACAAAGCAACAAUUAAGCGUGCAGUAUGAACGACUGGCACACGAAAGUCUCCAAAUGCAGGUUGAAUGCCGUAAUAGAGCGCAAAAAGCUGAAGAUCUUGAACAAGCGAAAAAUGCAAGGCAAUCCCUAAUUGCUCAAUUAUCUGCUUUGAAGAAGCAAUUGGAGGAUGCAAAUGAACGAGCAAAGGUUCAGCAGCAGUUGGUUACUAAAAAAGCAGAAGAAUUGAAUGAAUGUACUUUGAAAAUGACUCGACUUUCGACGCUGCAUUCUCAGUUAUACGAACAGAUCAAAAAUUUGAAGCCAAAAGUAAAUACCAUAGUUUCCGGGGAAAGCGGUGAUGUGCCAAAAUCUGUGACAACAUCCUUGUCAAAUCAUUCGGUUAACAAAUCGCCGUCAGUUGAUUCGAAAAGCGUUACAAAUGGAACAGUGCAACAGUUUUCUGUACCCAAUAAUUCAUUACCAAAAGGGAAUGGUGCUACCGGUGCAGUGAAGUAUCGUGCACUAUAUGAAUUCACUGCUCGUUCAGAUGACGAGCUUAGCUUCCAACCAGGGGAUGUUAUUCUUGCAUUUGAAAAUCAUGCCGCGGAACCGGGCUGGUUAGCUGGACAGAUGCGCGAAAAAGUGGGAUGGUUCCCUGUAGCUUUUGCCGAACCGAUGGUACCUGUCAGUGCUGUUCCUACGCAGCCACCGCAGACAAUAUCAUCUGUUACGACUUCUCCAUCAAGUGAACCAUUGCAAAGUAUUGUAGAGGAACCGGCCGCUUCAGUUGUUAAAUCAACUUCAGGAUCUUUCGGUGCUUCGGAGCAAGAAAAACAGUUACCGAUCUUGGGAGCAGCAGUUGCGUUAUAUCAGUGGAAGGCGAGAAAUGAUAAUGAAUUGAGUUUUUCGAAAGGAGAUACCAUUGAGAUCCUGGAACAACUGGAAAUGCGUUGGAAGGGUCGUAAUAAGUCUGGCGCAGUUGGGUGGUUUCCCAAGUCAUACGUUUCAAUGUCAGAUGGAGAUGCUAAGGUUGAUUUGAAGGACAAUUUAACAAAAGAUCAAAUUGAAAAGUCGAAAGAAUCCAUCGGAAAGGAUGCUUCUGCAGCUUCAUCUAUUCCAGCUGGUGCAGUAUAUGAUGCUGUUACAGAAGCACCGGCUGAAUCGAUAUCAGGUGAAUGGUACGUGGCAUUGUAUGAUUUUCAAGCAAUGGAACCAACAGAUCUCGAUUUGCAUGCGGGUGAUCGUAUUCUUGUUACGGAAGCAAUCAAUGAAUGGUGGAAAGGAACCUGUAAUGGACGAGCUGGAAUUUUCCCUGCAAAUUACGUACAAAAAUGCCCGUCUUCAUCGGCUGAUGUAUUGCAGUCAGAAGGUGCAGACUUGGGUACUGGCAGAGCUAUUGCUGAUUUUGAAGCUACUGCGGAAAAUCAGUUGUCGCUGAAAGUUGGUGAUAUGGUAAAAAUCCAAAGCAAAUCAUCUUCUGGUUGGUGGCAAGGCGAGAUUGUAUUCGAUAGUGGUGCUAAAAAAGCUGGCUGGUUCCCGGGUAAUUAUGUGGAAGUAUUGGGUGGAAAUGAAUUAAAGGCAGAAGCCUUGUAUGAUUAUCAGGCUCAGCGUGAUGAUGAAUUAUCCUUUAAAGCCGGUGAUAUCAUAAUAGUUACUGAUCGGAAUGAUGGCGAGUGGUGGAAGGGACGUCUACUCAAUGAUAAAAGUUCUGUUGACGCACUCUUCCCAGGAAAUUACGUUCAAUUGCGGUAA